AAGUUUUAACAUAAUUCCCGUCAUCACGACCCAUCAAAACUUUCCCUCAAAACCCAGACUUUCUCCUCUUUUAUAAAACCAAAAAGUUAGAGACUUUCUGUUUAGUCAUCUUUGUUUGUUCUUUUCACAGAGAGAAGGAGAGCUCUCUCUCUCCUUUUCCUCCAUCUUCUCUUUCUCCUGGAGUUUCUUUGUAUUGAAGUAUGAAAAGGAAUUGAAGUGGAAAGAGGGUUUGGGGGUGAUACAGUUGAAGAUAAUUUUGUGGGUGGGAUUUAUGUUUGAGUUAUUGGGAGGUAAGAUGUUUGGGUGUGAAUGUUUUUGUUGGCGCAAACAUACUGAUCAUCAAUACCCUUUGCCUCAGCCUCAGCCUUUUUUCUUGCCUUCUCCAAUUCCAGAAUGGCCUUUAGGUCAAGGAUUUGGUACUGGAAAAAUUAACCUAGGGGAAUUAGAAGUGGUUAAAAUUACUGAGUUUGAGAGGGUAUGGAGCUGCAGUUUGCUGCGAGGUAAAGCGGAAGGUGUCACGUUUUAUAAGCCUGUGGGGAUUCCGGAUGGAUUCUUCUGUCUCGGUUAUUAUUGUCAACCAAAUGACCAGCCGUUGAGAGGGUAUGUUCUUGCGGCUCGGGAGAGGGUAGCUUCGAGUACAGAAGUUUAUUGUGACUAUGACUCCGAUACAGAUUUUCCUGCACUGAGAAAGCCUGUUAACUACUCAUUGAUUUGGAGUACAGAUUGUGGUAGUGGUUGUGGUUUCUUCUGGCUGCCGAACCCGCCUUUGGGAUACAAAGCGAUGGGGAUUUUGGUUACCGACACCCAGGAUGAGCCUGAUGUGGAAGAAGUUAGAUGUGUCAGGGAAGAUCUUACCGAGACUUGUGAAAUUAUGGACACCAUACUUGCUACUGAUGCAAACACAUUUCAGGUUUGGACCACUAGACCUUGCAAAAGGGGAAUGUUCUGCAAAGGCGUUUCGGUUGGGACUUUCUUCUGUUGCACCUACUUUAUUUCUGAAAAUCAAGAGCUGGAGAUUGCAUGCUUGAAGAAUCUUGACCCUUCAUUACACGCAAUGCCAAAUUUGGACCAAAUUCACGCUGUCAUCAAGCACUAUGGUGCAACGGUUUUCUUUCAUCCCAAGGAAGAUUGUAUGCCGUCAUCUGUGCAAUGGUUUUUCAAAAACGGGGCACUUUUGUACAAAGAUGGCAAGGUUAAUGGUGAACCUAUUGAUUAUUUGGGCUCUAACUUGCCGAGUGGAGGGACAAAUGAUGGUGCAUUUUGGAUAGAUUUACCAAGAGACGAUAAUGCAAGAAAAAAUGUUAGAAAUGGGAACUUGGAAAGUGCAGAGCUCUAUGUUCAUGUAAAACCAGCAUUGGGUGGAACAUUUACUGAUAUUGUCAUGUGGAUAUUUUGUCCCUUCAACGGACCGGCUAACCUUAAGAUCGGGUUAAUGAAUAUACAAAUGAACAAAAUCGGGCAACAUGUAGGUGACUGGGAACACUUCACUCUUCAGAUAAGCAACUUCACGGGUGAACUAUGGCAAGUAUACUUCUCACAGCAUAGUGGUGGUGAGUGGGUUGAUGCUUUCAACUUGGAAUUUAUUGAAGGUAAUAAGCCGAUCGUUUACUCAUCCAAACACGGGCAUGCUAGUUUUCCACAUCCCGGGAUUUACCUUCAGGGGUCAGAUAAACUCGGAAUUGGAAUUAGAAACGAUACUGCUCGAAGCAAUUAUUUUGUAGAUUCAAGCACUAGGUAUCAGAUUGUUGCAGCUGAGUAUCUUGGAGGAGUAGUUACAGAACCGUGUUGGUUGCAGUACAUGAGAGAAUGGGGUCCAACCAUAGUAUAUGAUUCAAGGUCUGAACUGGAUAAGAUAAUUAGCCUCCUCCCAUUGUUUGUUCGGUUUUCGGUGGAGAACAUCUUUGACCUGUUUCCAACAGAGCUUUACGGUGAGGAAGGUCCGACUGGACCCAAGGAAAAGGAUAAUUGGGUAGGAGAUGAAAGAAGUUGAUACCUUAUCUUGCUUUGUGUACAUUCAUACUGGCAUGGCAUUCAUAGACCUUCCACUGUUUAAAGUCGGCAUGGGGAACCGGUCGAGAACAAAGGAUGUGCCCAUGCUCCCGGCAUAGCGAGAAACCACAAAUUGAUGAAUCAAAUGCAGAAUGCAGAGUGCAGAGGUAGUAUGCAUCCGUGUGGCUAUAUACAAAUUCUUUUAACGUGGAUAGAGAGUAGGUUGAAAUGGGGGAAGUUCUAUAAAAAUGUGUUGUUUGGCAUUGAUCCUUAAAUGUAUAGUGUUAUGGUUAAAGGUUGUGUCCUAGUCCUUGAGUUUGAUCUGUAAAAUCUGAAACCGAAAGUAUAUGUGAAACCUGUUGUCAUUCUCCUCCAA